CGCCUGAUUCAGUCAGUAGUGGUUUGUGUUGGUCCCCCUGCGGUACCCGACGAGCCCGAGUGUGAGCCGUCCAGCCCGGCCAGAACGAGCGUUCGAUUGUCACACAGCAGCCCGCCGUCACACGCCGUCACGCCGAGAUGCCGAACUGUCCAAAGUGCGAGAAGCCCGUGUACUUCGCGGAGCGGAAGACCUCCCUGGGGAAGGACUGGCACGGGGCGUGCCUACGCUGCGAGAAGUGCAACAAGACGCUGACUCCCGGCAGCCACGCCGAGCACGAGGGCAAGCCCUACUGCAACCAGCCCUGCUAUGCCGCCCUGUUCGGACCAGCAGGUUUCGGCCGCGGCGGCGCCGAGAGCUACGUGUACAACAAGUGAGCGGCGGUCCGGCGCCCAGUGGUGGCCCACCACACGGAACUCUUCCGACUGUACUCUUACAUUCCCUGUUCGUUGUUAAAUAAAGUGUUUGUGGUUGUA